AUGGCAGCUGUUUUAGGGGCUGAUAUUUCAGUCAAACGUCAAUAUACAUUAGAUCUUAUUUUCGGAAUACAAAAAGAAGGAUAUUAUGUGGUAGAGAUACUCAUCAAAAAGAGGCCUCAUGAUAAUUUCAGCAAUAAUCAUGAGGAUGAUCGACGAUUUACAGAUUUACGUAUUGCCUUAGUAGGUGGAUUAGGUGCGGGCAAAUCAACAUUAUUGAGUUAUAUAACAUAUGGUAUCAAAGAUAAUGGGCGUGGUAGUGCACGUCUCAAUUUACUGCGGCAUCGUCAUGAACUCGAAUCUGGCCGCAGCUCAUCGAUUUCUCAUGAAAUUAUUGGUUAUAAUGCUGAUGGCCAACUUAUUAACUAUGCCACUCAAACUCAGGCUCGAACUUGGGAAGAGAUAUGUGAAUUAAGCAACAAAGUCAUAACUUUUCUGGAUACAUGUGGGUUUCCUAAAUAUCUUCGUACAACAAUUUCAGGCCUCACUGGUUAUGCCCCUGAUUAUGCUUGUUUAGUUGUUGCAGCUAACGCAGGUAGAUUAACAGAGAUGACACAUGAGCAUCUAUCCAUUGCUGUUAUGCUUGACCUUCCAGUUUUUGUAGUAAUGACUAUGGGUGAUACUGCAACACAUAGUCAAAUAAGAGAUACACUUUGUGACUUAUUAAACUGGCUAAAAACUUCAUGGAUACAUAAAGUACCGGUAGUUGUGCAGACAGAAGAAGAUGCUAUCACUUGUGCUUCCUACUUUUCUCGACAUGGUGGUCCACCUGAACUACCUAUUUUUUUAGUGUCGAAUGUAACAGGUUCUAAUAUGAAUUUGUUAUUGAAAUUCUUUAAUUAUCUUCCAAAACCAGAAAGAUUAAAUUAUGAUGAAUUAUUAGAAGAGCCUGUUGAAUUUCAAAUUGAAGAUGUAUAUACUUUACCAGAUGCUGGCAUUGUUAUUGGUGGUGUACUUUGUCAAGGUCGUAUCAAUAUCAGAGAUAAUGGUGAAUAUUAUUUAGGCCCUAACUCAAAAGGUAAAUUUAUCAAAGUAAAAGUUAUAUCUAUUCAUCGACAUCGUGUAUCUGCUCGAUAUGUUCAUUGUGGACAAACAGCCACGCUUGCUCUUGGACAUAUUCAAGACAUAGUAGCAAAUGAUGUUAAUUGGAAAAUCCACAGAGGAAUGGUACUGUUAGGGAUUGAUGAUAAACCCCCUUUGUCUUAUUUUGAAUUUGAAGCUGAGUUAAUGGUCUUAUAUCAUUCUACGGGUGUUAUUUCAGGUACAUGUGGAAUGAUUCAUUCUGGCUCUAUAAGGCAACGUGCACAAGUAUUAUCUAUAACAUCUGCUUCCUCUAAAAUUCAAGCGGAAGAUACAGAUGACAAAACUUUGAAUACCACUGUUAAUUUGAAUCAAUUCCCUUCCGAGAAAAAGGCAAAUAUGCCAUCAUUAACCAAUAAUUAUGCUAAUGCAAUUUAUUCUGGAAAUCAAGGAAGAUGUAUAUUUCGCUUUCUGUAUGAACCAUGUUAUUUACGACCUGGUUCACGAAUUCUAUUUAUAGAGGGUAAAUCAAAAAUCUUGGGCCGUGUGAUACGCUUAAUUGGUACUAAUCAUGAAGACUCUUAA